AUGUCUCUGUCUCACCACAUUGCACCCUUUGUUCCCUCACUCAGCGCCAAUAUGCCAUACUUUUAUAGGACAAUUGACAAUGGAAUAAAAUUGGCAUUGCUGAUGUCAAUUCCCAUUAACGAUGUUGCUACCUUGAACAAAAUGACAACCAUUGAACUUGACCGUUUAGUGACAACUGAACCUCAAUCCCUGGCAAAUGGCUCCCUAGGCCAUCUACUACCUCUGAUCUUUAAGCCUUUCACAAUUAACAUUCCCCAGGUGCACUCAUUUACACACCGAUAUCGCAAGCUCAGAGUCUUGUUGUAUGACUAUGCUGGCGGUGCUGUGACCCCUCGCAUCAAAAUUUAUCAGCAUCCAGACACAUUCGCCCAAAUCAUUGCUGCUGUUGUCUUCAGCAGCCCAGAAUGUAUCAGUACAGAUAUACCUGGCUAUCACCCAUUCAAGAACCUUCCUGCCCAAGCCACCCAGAGUAUUACCAUCCCUGCAGAACAUGACAGUGAGUCUCUCGCUGCACUGCUUGGAGAUCCCCAGGAGCUGCCCCAUAAUAAUGGGGCUGGGUCAAUAUUCCCCUCUGAUAACCCCCUUGAGCCAAUACCUCUCGCUAAUGAUACCCUCGAGAUGACAACACAGUGA